AGUGCGCGGGUGGCCGCUUCCAGAGCAGUGUCCGCGGUCGCAGCCGGGCGGAGGGGGCCGCCCCCGCGCGCCAGGAUGGCGUUCAGCAAGGGGUUCCGCGUCUACCACAAGCUGGACCCCCCGCCCUUCAGCAUCCUCGUGGAGACCCGGCACAAGGAGGAGUGCCUGCUGUUCGAGUCCGGGGCCGUGGCCGUGCUGUCUUCUGCAGAAAAAGAGGCAAUCAAGGGUACAUACUCCAAAGUGCUGGACGCGUAUGGGCUCCUCGGUGUUCUACGGUUAAAUCUUGGUGACACCAUGUUACAUUAUCUGGUCCUAGUCACUGGAUGCAUGUCUGUUGGAAAAAUUCAAGAGUCUGAAGUUUUCCGAGUUACCGCCACUGAAUUUAUAUCGCUACGAAUGGACUCUUCAGAUGAGGAUCGCAUUUCAGAAGUGCGGAAAGUUUUGAAUUCAGGAAACUUUUAUUUUGCAUGGUCUGCAUCUGGGGUCAGUUUAGAUCUGAGUCUCAAUGCACAUCGCAGCAUGCAAGAGCAGACGACUGACAACAGGUUUUUCUGGAAUCAGUCCCUGCACCUGCACCUCAAGCACUACGGGGUGCGCUGCGAGGACUGGCUGCUGCGCCUCAUGUGCGGCGGAGUGGAGAUCAGGACCAUCUACGCCGCCCACAAGCAGGCGAAGGCCUGCCUCAUCUCCCGGCUGAGCUGCGAGCGGGCCGGGACCCGGUUCAACGUCCGCGGGACCAACGACGACGGGCACGUCGCCAACUUUGUGGAAACAGAGCAGGUUGUGUACUUAGAUGACUCUGUUUCUUCCUUCAUACAAAUCCGGGGAUCUGUUCCAUUGUUCUGGGAGCAACCAGGGUUGCAGGUGGGGUCUCACCGCGUCCGUAUGUCGAGGGGAUUUGAAGCCAAUGCACCUGCUUUUGACAGGCAUUUUAGGACACUUAAGAAUUUAUAUGGUAAACAAAUAAUAAUAAAUUUGCUUGGAUCUAAGGAAGGUGAACAUAUGCUAAGUAAGGCCUUCCAGAGUCAUUUGAAAGCUUCUGAACAUGCCGCUGAUGUCCAGAUGGUGAAUUUCGACUAUCAUCAGAUGGUUAAAGGAGGAAAGGCAGAAAAGUUACAUAGUGUUCUGAAACCUCAAGUCCAGAAGUUUCUAGAUUAUGGAUUUUUUCAUUUCGACGGAAGUGAAGUUCAAAGGGGCCAGAGUGGCACCGUGCGCACAAACUGCCUGGACUGUCUGGACAGAACCAACAGCGUGCAGGCCUUCCUGGGCCUGGAGAUGCUAGCUAAACAGCUGGAAGCUCUGGGCUUAGCUGAGAAGCCUCAGCUGGUGACUCGCUUCCAAGAAGUGUUCCGGUCUAUGUGGUCUGUGAACGGAGACUCGAUCAGUAAGAUCUACGCUGGAACCGGGGCUCUGGAAGGGAAGGCCAAGUUAAAAGAUGGUGCUCGUUCUGUUACUAGAACGAUUCAAAAUAACUUCUUUGACAGCUCCAAGCAAGAGGCCAUUGAUGUUUUGCUCCUGGGAAAUACUCUAAAUAGUGAUUUAGCUGACAAAGCUCGAGCACUUUUAACUACUGGAAGUUUGCGUGUUUCUGAGCAGACAUUGCAGUCAGCCUCUUCUAAAGUCCUAAAGAGCAUGUGUGAGAAUUUCUACAAGUAUUCCAAGCCCAAGAAAAUACGCGUGUGUGUUGGAACGUGGAAUGUGAACGGCGGGAAGCAGUUCCGCAGCAUAGCUUUUAAGAACCAGACACUCACUGACUGGCUCCUUGACGCACCCAAGUUGGCCGGUGUCCAGGAGUUCCAAGACAAAAGAAGUAAGCCAACUGACAUAUUUGCAAUCGGCUUUGAAGAAAUGGUAGAGCUGAACGCCGGGAACAUUGUGAACGCGAGCACAACGAACCAGAAGCUGUGGGCCGUGGAGCUGCAGAAGACCAUCUCCCGAGACAACAAGUACGUGCUGCUGGCCUCGGAGCAGCUGGUGGGCGUCUGCCUGUUCGUGUUCAUCCGGCCGCAGCACGCUCCCUUCAUCAGGGACGUGGCAGUGGACACCGUGAAGACGGGCAUGGGGGGCGCCACCGGGAACAAGGGCGCAGUGGCCGUCCGCAUGCUCUUCCACACGACCAGCCUGUGCUUCGUCUGCAGCCACUUCGCUGCGGGCCAGUCGCAGGUCAAAGAGAGGAACGAGGACUUCGCAGAAAUAGUCCGGAAGUUGAGCUUUCCCAUGGGCAGGAUGCUGUUCUCCCACGAUUACGUGUUUUGGUGCGGUGACUUCAACUACCGCAUCGACCUCCCCAAUGAGGAAGUCAAAGAGCUGGUCAGGCAGCAGAACUGGGACUCGCUCACAGCGGGGGACCAGCUCAUCAACCAGAAGAACGCUGGGCAGAUUUUUAGAGGAUUUUUAGAAGGAAAAGUGACCUUUGCUCCAACGUAUAAAUAUGACCUGUUUUCUGAAGACUACGACACCAGUGAGAAGUGCCGCACACCUGCGUGGACAGACCGCAUCCUGUGGAGGAGGAGGAAGUGGCCCUUUGACAGAUCAGCUGAAGACCUGGAUCUCCUCAACGCCAGUUUUCAGGAUGGAAGCAAGAUCCUCUACACGUGGACUCCUGGCACCUUGCUGCACUACGGGAGAGCGGAGCUGAAGACGUCCGACCACAGGCCUGUCGUCGCGCUGAUAGAUAUAGAUAUAUUUGAAGUUGAAGCUGAAGAGAGGCAAAGCAUUUAUAAAGAAGUCAUUGCAGUCCAGGGUCCGCCGGAUGGUACCGUGUUGGUCUCAAUCAAAAGUUCCGUGCCAGAAAAUAGUUUUUUCGAUGACAAUUUGAUUGAUGAGCUUCUGCAGCAGUUUACAAAUUUCGGUGAAGUAAUACUCAUAAGGUUUGUAGAAGAUAAAAUGUGGGUUACAUUUUUGGAGGGAAGUUCUGCCUUGAGUGUUCUAAGCCUGAAUGGUAAAGAGUUACUGGGCCGGACUGUAAGUAUUACUUUAAAAAGUCCCGACUGGAUCAAGACUUUGGAGGAGGAGAUGAGCCUGGAGAAGAUCAGCGUGUCCUUGCCCUCGUCAGCCAGCUCCACCCUGCUCGGGGAGGACGCGGAGGUGGCAGCCGACUUCGACAUGGAAGGUGACGUCGACGACUACAGCGCUGAAGUGGAGGAGCUUCUCCCCCAGCACCUGCAGCCAUCCGCGGCUUCCGGCCUCGGCACGUCCCCCAGCUCCUCGCCCCGCACCAGCCCCUGCCAGUCGCCCACGGCCCCGGAGGGCCCCUCCCUGCCCAUGCGGCCGAGCCGGGCGCCAUCCAGAGCUCCCGGACACCCACCUUCUCAGAGUUCUCCCAGUGACACUCAGCCAGCCGCGCAGUCGCAGCAGAAGGACGUUCCGCAGGUCCUGGAGCCCAAGCGGCCGCCUCCGCCCCGCCCGACGGCGCCUCCCGCGCGGCCCGUGCCCCCGCAGAGGCCACCCCCGCCCUCAGGGGCUAGGAGCCCCGCACCUGCUAGAAAAGAAUUCGGAGGUGCCGGCGCCCCCCCCAGCCCCAGGGCGGCCAGGCGAGAGCUGGAAGCACCCAAAAGUCCUGGGAUGACACGGAAAGAUAAUAUAGGACACAGCCAGCCGUCGCCUCCCGCGGGACUCACAGGCCCAGCGCCUGCUGCACUCGGAGCGGCCAGACCGAUGGUCCCGCCCCGCGCCGGAGUGAUCAGCGCCCCACAGAGCCACGCCCGGGCCGCGGCCGGGAGGCCAGCUCCCGAGAGCCAGAGCAGACCCUCGGAAGGCCUGAGAGGUCCUGCUCUUCUUCCUGAGCCUCUGCGGCCGCAGGCCGCCCCGCCUGUGCAGCCCUCCCUGCCCCCGCCUGUUCCAAAGAUGCAGGAGCCUCUGGUCCCCACAGCUGCACCUCUGCCUCAGGCUUCCCCCCAGCCCAACCUGGACACACCGCCCCAGCCGCCGCCGCGGAGCAGGUCCUCCCACGGCCUGCCUUCAGACCCCCCGGCGCAGCCGCAGGUAAAAACCAAUGGCAUCUCUGCAGUCAGACUGGACUCGGCGUUCCGGAGUGACCCGUUUGAAGACCUGUCGUUGAAUCUGCUCCCCGUCUCGAAGGCUCAGUCCUCUGUUCACGCGUCGCCUGCUUUCAUCCCCGGCCCCUGGGGCCGGGCCCCGUCGCCUUCUGCAACCCAAGGGAGCACCGGCGCUUUGAGCCCCGUAAGCUGCAUGCCGACGCUGCCUCCAGUCCCAGCCCGGAGUAAGUCCCAGGAAGACCUGCGAUGCUCUCCGAACCCGUUUGCUGCGAGCGCGGCCAGCGCCAACCCUUUCACCGACAGGACUGCCGCUCCCAGGGACCCAUGUAGGGCCAAGUCUCAAGAACCCGGCUCAGCUUCGUGGUUCUCCAAGGAAGAGCCUGCUGCCAGCCGCCCCUUCCCUCCCCUGCAGCCUUCAUCCCUGCCUGAUGGCUUGGAGGACAGUUCCGAUCCGCCGGGCCAGUCCACAGGAAAAACAAGCCACCCAAAAGGAUGGGUGACCUUCGAAGACGACGAGGGCUUUGCCGUGAAAGGGGCGUCGUGGCCGCCUUGUCCGGAUGUCCUGGGCGGUCAGCCAGGCCCCUCUUCCGGCUCCAGCGCGGCCUUCGACGGCGACUGGGGUAAAGGCGCGAAUGUUUCCUCCUGUGUGGUGCCCUCCCGGAGGCCGCCCCCACCUCCUGUCCCUGGGCUCCCGGCUGGCCCCACCCCUGCAGGGGCCCCUCCCACGGCCCGGGCACCGCUGGUAGCACCCGUGCUGGACUUCACAGAAAGAUGAGGCCCUUGGGCGGGAAGCUGCUGCCCCGGCCGCGGUGGGGGAGGGCCGGCAGAUGGGCACGAGGCGCUCGCUGUGUGCCAUUCCUCGCCGGGCGCGCCGAGGCCGUCAAGAAACACCGCCAUUUAACGUGUACAGAGUGGAACGUGUGUCUGUGGGAACUAAGGAAACAGUCCUUCUCAACAUCAGCUGGGGUUUCCGUGUGUUUCUGUUUGGAUAACUGAGAGAGCAGUAGCCAUAGAAAGUGCUCAAAACUACUUUAGAAAAUAGUCCUUAUUCAGAAAUUCUUUGUUAGUCCUUGUGAAAGAAUCUCAAAAAGCCCAAACGGUUUCCAGCUGGCACAACAGAAAGCCAGCGCUUUUGUCCUCAUUCACAAUUGGUAUUUAUAAGUAUUUACCAAAGAGCUGGUCAAAGUGAUACUGAAGCAGAACUCUUAGAGGCAUUGCUUUAAAAAAAAAGCACACACAUGCCUACAUGUGCAUACAUGUCCAUGCUUACAUGUUUGUAAAGCUCAUCACUUAAAUUCUAGGCUAUACUCAGAUUUUUACCUAAAAGUUCUAACAGAGUUCUUUUUUCAUUUCAUUAUCAAAGAGAUGAGCAUGAAUGAAAUUUGACCUUUCUUUAAUUUACUUUCCAAAACUCGAAUAGUCCUUGCUCUGGCAUCAGAAUUUUCUCCCCUUACGUGCACACACGACACGUCCUUGUCACUCUCCAUGCCAGCACUCCACGUGCACCCCUCUGGGAGGAGCUGCUUGCAGCUGGACGCAGGGUCACUCGAGGCCACUGGUCCUGCAGGUGGGCACCCCUACCCUUUCCAAAGGGCACAGGCCUUUGUUCGGAAGGCACACACCACCGGCUCACGGGCAGCAGUAUCGCUCCACACGCCCUCCUCUGUCCCGGAGGUGCGUGCUGCCCGCCCCGCCCACACGCUUCCCUCUGCUGCUCUGGCGCAGCCGGGCACGCUCUGCCCUGGGGGUCCGCCCGGCGGACGCUCUCCCCCAGGAGGCGGCAGAGCACGCCUGUGCCGCUGCUCUGGGUUCCUCGAGGCCGCCCUCCAGGUACCUGUGGAUUUUGCCUCCCGCACUGCCAAUAGACAACUGAUCCUGCUUUUAAGUUAAUGAGGGAGUACACCGAAUUUUUACAGAAUGUAGUAUUUUGAUAUGAUUAAGUAAUCCUGAUCAGAAAACUCCUUGAGCAGUUGUUUUGUUGUAAGUUUAUGCUAAAAUCUUUAUCCCCCGAGACGUGCACUAACAUUCCUUUCCCAAAGAGUGAGACCUGUCCGCUGGGAUCCCGCCGUCCAUAUUUAACCCCCACAGGGCGCACCGGGGGGCCCACAGAAACCAGAGGCCCGUGGCCAGGGACACAUCCACUGGGAGAAGCACAGCGAGCUGCGUUGCACUUAACCACGUAAAGCAGGUCUGUGAGGAAAAAACACUUUUCUAAAUCCUCAGAUGUUACCAAAAUACUCUAUUUAUAAAAGCGAUCCUCUCUCUGUUAGCAGCCAGGAUUUGCUGUUAGAAAUAACUCUUGUGAGUUUUUUAUUGUGCUUUUUGGGGUUCUAAUCAUUUCAGUGGUAUAUUUUAAACAGCAGUAUUACUGUAAGCGCUGUGCUUCAAAAUGUGAAUUAACUUGUUGGAACUGUGGCUUUAACAUCUAUGUGAUUAGUGUGUCUGGUAUUUGCUCUCCAUUGGCAAAAUAAUUCAUUAUAAAUGUCACUAGUGCAAUUGCAGUUCUGUGCGCAAUGUUUCCUAUUAAAUAUAAACUACUGUCUAAAUAUACAUAUCAGGCAGCAGCUCAGCCUUUAUCAGGAAAAUUAUGUUUGACAAGUUGCUGAAAGUGCACAAAGUUAUGAAGGUUAAAGGUAUGCUGCAAAUAACUAGCCAUUCUAUGUAUUAAGAAAAUAUUUACCAGUUCUGUUCAAAGCAGAGCAAAAAUUAGACACUAAGGAUUUCUUUGUGAAUCAUUUGUUCUCUAUAGUAGAUUGCUGUUUAUAUGUAAGAAUUUUAUUGCUUAUAUGGCAUACAAUAUUUAUAACUAUAUACUUUAUAGAAUAUGUUAAAGUCAAGGUAUACAAACAUUCUGUACAUAUCCUGUGAAAU